UCACUUCAUCUCUCGGCAACCUCGAAAACCAGCGAGGCACCGUCUUUCUUCGACCCUUUGGCACGUUCACACGCGACCGAGAAAGCUGCUGUUCCUAUCAGGAAGUUCUCUCUUUUCGGUGGGCAUCGUCUUCCUUUGUCCUGUCGGUUGCUGAGGUUCUAGUUGGUUAAGCCCUGGAGACAUGGCGGAGGUAGUGGCGAUUAAUGGCGGGGACAAGAGGAAGGUGAUGGUGGCGAUUGACGAGAGCGAGUGCAGCCACCACGCUCUCGUGUGGGCCCUCGACAACCUCAAGGACUCGCUGGUGAACUCGCCGCUCGUCGUCUUUAUGGCUCAACCCCCUUCUCAGCAGAACCUCUCGUUCGCUGCUAAUCUCGGCCUUGCUCGCAUGUACUGCCCUGUUUCUGCAGCUCCAGACUUUGUUAAUUCUGUCAAAGAGCAACACAGGAAGCUCACGCUGGCUCUCUUGGAGAAGGCCAAGGAGAUUUGCGCUGCUCGAGGGGUUAGUGCAGAGACUAUUACUGAAGUUGGGGAUCCGAAAGUAGCAAUAUGUGAUGCAGUGGAAAAGAACAAUGUCACGCUUCUCAUUUUAGGCGACCACGGACUUGGAAGAAUCAAACAGGCUAUUCUUGGGAGCGUGAGUAAUUACUGUGUUCAGUAUGCAAAGUGUCCUGUUCUUGUAGUGAAGAAGGCGCACUGAAGAUAGGAAAGUCGGUACAUGUUUGUGUGUAAAAAUCUAUUUGACAGUUUGCAUCUGUAAAUAUUUGGCUGUUGAAAAUAUGUUAAGUGUGGAAUAUGUUAUGAAUCCAUUCCCUCUCCGUGUCUGUAUUGCAUGCAAUGGGACAAACAAUCUAUGCACGUAAUUUCAUCUAUACCUGUCAAUCAGAAGCAGAAGGAUAUUGUUCCACUCCUUUAUA